GUCAUGUGUUUACAUGAGUGUGAAAUGAAACCUGCUGCUACCUUCUAGUAAACGUUUUGGUUUUGUGUUCGUCACAUAGUUUCAAAAAGCAUUUUUUCGUAAAGAUGCUGACGAUGGAAGGCUUCACUUGUUUUCCGGGUUUAAUGUGGGACAAGGUGCUGUCAAAGGUAAAGAAAGCAAUUGUUUUCAUGGAUGACAGGUGCAGCGAGAGCCUUCACUGGAAUGGUGGAGCAACCAGUUUAUUAGAGGCUGGAGCACGUAACAUUAAACAGUUUUCUAGCUUUGAGGCUGGAGGAGACAACGAACCCAAGGCUGUGUUCGUCGUUAGCACUCUGCUAAAAGGUAGAACAGCGGACAUCAUUAAAGACAUAAUUUCCAUGAGCCAUUUUCACUACUGUGUUAUCUUCACCGCCGUUCCUCACUCUAUUCAUCUCCUUGCUAAUAAUGUCACCACGGAACUUGAGGGUAACCCAGUGUUUGAGCAGUUCGAGGAGAAGCUGUGUGAGUGGAUGGGUGAUAUGAACUACACCGCUGAGGUGAUGCAUGCACCGGUUGUUUUCGCCUCUCUGUCGCAGCAGUUCCUCCUCUCACCCCUCUUCUCACAGCUGUUCCCAUUGCUCCCUUCCGACCUCGAAGCCAUUAACCGAAAACGUCCGGAGAAGAAAAGAUUUAGUAGUUUGCUCGAUGUGGACAUUCACUCUCUCCCCCCAGAGUUGCAGAUUCAGAUUAAAUCCUUGGCUUCGGCGUUAAACACCAUGUUUGAAUGCACCAACACACGCGAAGAGAGCUUCGCUGUCGGACCCAUGAGCCGUCUCAUAGCCGGAGAGCUGGCCAAUCAUCCUCAAGCCAAAAACAGAAGAAAGAUGGCCCCCAACAAGGCAUCAAUUGUCUUCAUAGACAGGAUGCUAGACCUAACAGGAGCUGUCGGUCAUCAUGGUGAUAACCUUGUGGAGAAAAUACUGUCUGCCUUGCCUACGUUGCCAGGACACAUGACUGACAUCCAGGUGGACAUGCUGGAGCUGACCAACCUGCAUCGCACCCCAGACAUAGAGGGGGUCCUGGCCCCAGGAUGCCUGGCACAAAACCAUUCAUCGGCGGCGCGGUCGCUCUGGGAGACCAUGCUGGUUGCUAAGCAGAAGGAGGCGGUGAUGGAGGUGCGGAGGCAACUGGUGGAGGCGGCCAGCAAGGAGAACCUGCCAAUCAAGAUGGGCCUGGGUCGUGUAACGGCGGAUCAGCUCACCUCCUACGUCCAGCUCUUUAAGGGGAAGGUGGAGGCUGUGGAGACCCAUGCUGGGGUGCUCCAGCUGGCCCUGGCCACUGCCCAGACGCUCCGUCACCCGGCCCUGCCCCGCUGGGACGCCAGUCUGGCCUUCCAGAGGCUACUGCUGCAGGCUCUUGGAGACUCGGACCUCGCAGCUGUUCUGAAACAGGUUCUGCCCCUGAUCAAGUCGGCCUGCGACUCCAGUCCCGAGGGCUCGGAGGCGGGUUCCGGUUCCGGUUCUGGUCCGGCGGCGCUGGGAGUGGACGAGCUGCUGGGGCUGUUGGUGUUCCUGUACUCGCUGUCGGAGGAGACGCAGCCGUGUGAGGAGGAGGUGCAGGAGCAGGCGGAGAUGGAGCUGAUGGGAGCGCUCACACUGCUCCUCACCAAGCAGACGCAGCUCAGCCCGCUCCUCCAGAGCAUCACCGGAGUGUCGAGCCCUGAGGAGCUGACGAUGGAGCGUGCUCACUCAGCGCUGGAGGUGGUGUUUGAGACGCUGCGGGUGCUGGGACACGCCCGCGAGCACCUGAAGCAGCUGGACUCUGUCUACACGCCCAGCGACGGCGUCCACCAGGCUACGUAUCGGCCAUUUCUGAAGCAGGUUCUCGAUGAGAUCUUCCACCCUGACCGUCCAGAGUGUCCUGAUAUAGAGCACACUUCAGGUCGUCUAACAGACCUCCUUAAGACUGGCUUCAGCAUGUUUAUGAAGGUGAGCAGACCACACCCUAGUGACCAUCCCCUGUUGUUUCUCUUCCUGGUGGGCGGAGUCACUCCCUCGGAGCUACGCCUCAUCCGUGACACAGUGUCCACCCACAGACCAGGCACUCAGGUGCUGGUGCUGUCCACCAGGCUGCUGCGUCCGGCAGACAUCCCUCAGCUGCUCUUCGCUACCGAGAGGCUGGUGCCAGACAUCGGAGUGUAAGCAGUCUGCAGUCAGUCUGCUGUACACACACACACACACACCUACACACACACAUACACACACACACACACACACACACACACACACACACACACACACACACACACAGUAUUUAGACUUGGAUUCAAACUCAUUCUCAUAUUUCCAGCUUUAGCUGCAGAUCUGAUGGCUUUUUGGGUGCCUGUGAUUUCUCUUUGGGAAGACACACACACACACACACACACACACAUGCGCGCGCCGCUCUUUCCCUCACAGUUUCUCACAACAGACUCAAAUGUGGACUCAAACUUCUAACUCAUCCUCAUUUCUCAUCAACUCCAACUCGAUUAGGGCUCUGAUGGCUUCAUGGGUAUCUGUGGAAUUUCCCUAAGGGAACACACUCACACACACACACACAUACACACACACACACACACACACACACACACACAGUACUUAGUCUUGGACUCCAACUCAUCGUCACGUUCUCAUGCAAGCUCCAGCUCUAAUAGGUUUCUGGGUGCCUGUGGGCUUCUUCCCUGAGGGCUUGAGGAGGCUGCUGGCUGGGCAGGGGUUGUGGUGUGUGCUGGUGGUGAGGACCCACAGGGCGUGCUCUCUGCCUCUCUCCCUCCCCGCUGCGGGCGGCUCUUCAUGUGGCCGCUGGGCCGGGAGCCGCUCCCUGUCAUUGGGCCCGAAAGCGCGGAGCUUCUGCUCUGCCGUCCCACGUCAUAGCCAUAAAUCUGCCCCCGGCUCCUCGGCCACAGCCAUGCUGUACACAUAACUCUAUACACACACACAUGUAUGUACACAUAGCUCUAUACACACACACAUGUAUGUACACAUAGCUCUAUACACACAUUCGCAUAUACACAUAGCUCUACACACACACACAUA